ACAGUCAUGGCCUAUCUAGCCAAGGACCUUCAUUUUGUCUUGUUUCCUUUGAUGGCCCAAGGUCACCUCAUCCCCAUGGUAGAUAUUGCAAGAUUGUUGGCGCAACGUGGCGCUACAGUCACCAUCAUCACUACACCGGCCAAUGCAAUCCGAUUUAAGGCAAUCGUCACUCGCUCAAUUCAUGCUGGUCUUGACAUCCGUGUAGCUGAACUUUAUUUCCCCAGUGAAGAAGUUGGACUACCAAAAGGGUGUGAAAAUUUUGACAGGUUAUCGACUCUGAACCUGCAUCACUAUUUUUUCGCAGCUAUUAGCAUGCUACAAGAACCAUUCGAAUCUUUGUUGAAAAAUUUGAAUCCACCAGCAAAUUGCCUCAUUUCUGAUUUGUUAUUCCCGUGGACUACCAAUAUUGCUCGCAAAUUUCACAUACCAAGGCUUGUUUUUCAUGGCCCGUGCUGCUUCUCUAUCUUAUUACCAUAUAAUAUAUUCACUUCUAGUAUUCUUGAUGGAGUGGACUCGAGUUCUGAAAAGUUUGUUGUGCCUGGCAUUCCUGAUGAAAUCGAACUGACAGAGACCAUGCUCUCUGCCAUGCUAAAUCCGCGAAUAUCUCCGCUCAUAAAAGAAUAUUAUGAGGUGCUUGUAGAAUCUGAGAAGGCCGCGGAUGGAGUGGUGGUGAAUACAUUUGAGGAACUAGAGCCAUGGUAUGUCAAAGAGUAUGCAAGGGUAAUGGGCACGAAAGUCUGGUGCAUUGGCCCUGUUUCACUAUGCAACAAAGACACUGUGGAUAAGGCAGAGAGAGGUGACAAGGCUUCUAUAAGUGAACAUGAUUGCUUAAAUUGGCUUGACAUGAAAAAGCCAUGCUCUGUGGUUUAUGUUUGUUUGGGGAGCUUAUCAAGGCUAGCAACUUCUCAGCUGAUAGAGCUUGGACUAGGAUUAGAAGAAUCAGACAGGCCCUUCAUUUGGUGCAUCAGAUACAAAACCGAAGAGUUCGACAAAUGGUUUGUUGAAGAAGGUUUUGAAGAAAGGGUGAAAGGUAAAGGGCUUAUAAUCAUGGGAUGGGCACCACAAGUACUAAUACUGUCACACCAAGCCAUUGGAGGAUUCUUGACACAUUGCGGCUGGAAUUCGACACUUGAAGGCAUCUGUGCUGGAGUUCAGCUGCUGACUUGGCCUUUGUUUGCUGAGCAGUUUGUUAAUGAGGAGUUGGUGGUGAAAGUACUAAGGAUUGGAGUGAAGGUUGGUGUGGAGCUUCCUAUUGUGUUUGGGGAGGAAGAGAAAGUUGGAGUUGUGGCCAAGAAGGAAGAUAUUAUAAGGGCAAUCAAAAAUCUUAUAAAUGAAGAUAAAGGAGGAGAAGAUAGAAGAGAAAGAGCUAGAAAGCUAGGUACAAUGGCUAGAAAGGCAAUGGAGGAAGGUGGUUCUUCUCAUCUUAACAUGACACUGCUGGUUCAAGCCAUACAACAAAAAAGAUUUCUGCAAGAAUCUAUUUCCAAUGUCACUUAAAACUUUUUAUUCGAAUAAUAAAUUUUCUUUUUUUA